GUAAGGCGGGAAGGCCUGGCUUGUGUGAACCAGGUGGUCAAAGACUGCUACAGCCUGGCCGGACAACACUGGUAUGGAGGCUUUGAGGCAUUCAGCCAGGUGUGGCCGCUGAAAAAGGACGUUGUCCAGCCCCCAGGAGUCGUGACAGACGAGACAGAGUCGCAGUCUCUUGACAGCGUGCAGCUCAGCUUUGGACCCUACGUCUCGGGAGACUUUGGGACACAGGGUGUGGAACUUGAGAAUGUUCUAGAGAACCUGUUUUUCUCCUCCACUGGUGUCGGCAUCAUGGUCUCGGAAGAAUCUCCUCUCUACCUGAGCUUCAACGCCCACGGCGACCAAACUAUGUGUCUGGCUGCCACCUACGACAACGCAAAUUUCUUCAGCACUCUUGGCAAGCCUCCUGUCUUAGAGUACACAGUGUGCAAAGCUGGGAAUGUGAAGGAAAUCCACAGCUACAUGCGACAAAGGUUCAUCCCUAAGCCAGAAGGAAUUCCCAAUGUGGAGGUCAUCAAGUACCCAAUCUGGUCAACAUGGGCGCAGUACAACAAGGAAAUCAACCAAUCGUCCGUGGCAGAAUUUGCAGAUAAGAUUCAGAAACUCAAAAUGCCGUGCUCCCAGAUCGAAAUCGACAAUGAGUGGACAGUCCGCUAUGGUGACCAUGAUUUUGACCGGAAAAAGUUCCCUGACCCAAAGAAGAUGGUCGCUGACCUCAACAAGAAAGGAUAUCCUGUGACCCUGUGGAUUCAUCCCUUCUUCAGUUUGGAGUCGGAGUCGUUUCAAGAAGCCUUUCAGCACGGAUAUGCCAUCAUGACUCGAGGCUCUGUGAAUCCAUCUUUGGUGAGGUGGUGGAGCGGAGAAAUGGCUGCCAUCCUUGAUGUGUCAAACCCUGCUGCUGUCUUGUGGUAUCAGAAGAAACUCAUUAGUCUUCAGGACAAAUACAAUGUCUCAUCUUUUAAGUUCGAUGCUGGUGAGGCUCGCUAUGUGCCAUAUGCGCCCAACAUGUUUGGUCACAUGACUUCCACCAAUGAGUAUGCCACCAACUAUGCUGAAUUGGCCUACAAUAUCGACCCAGUGAACAGAAGGCAAGAGGUUCGAAUCGGCUGGCGUUCACAGAGGCUGCCUAUCAUAACCCGGUUGAUGGACAGACUGUCUACAUGGGAUGAAAAAGCAGGACUGCGAUCGCUCAUUCCAUCUACACUGACUUUAGGCGUCAUAGGAUACCCGUUUGUUUUGCCUGACAUGAUCGGUGGAAAUGCAUACGCCGAUUUGAUAACAUUUGGACGUGGUGCCAACCCCGACCGAGAGCUGUAUAUCCGAUGGCUUCAGCUCAGCGCACUUUUACCAGUCGUGCAGUUUUCUGUCGUACCUUGGGUUUAUGACGACGAAGUUGUCACCAUCACGAAGAAAUGUCUCGCCAUCCGCGAGCAAUAUGUAUCAAGGAUUCUUCAGCUGGCUCAGGAGUGUGUGGAAACUGGGAACCCGAUUAUUCGUCCGUUAUGGUGGGUUGCUCCCCUUGAUGAGCAGGCAUUAGUGACGGGAGAUGAGUUUCUCGUUGGGGACGAUCUUCUUGUUGCUCCGAUUGUCGUAGAAGGUGCAAGGAAGAGAGACAUUUACCUUCCUAAAGGACAAUGGAGGGAUAUGCUGAGGAAGGAAGCCAUUGACGGCCCUGUCUUUCUUAGGGACUAUACUGUCGCUAUUGAUGAACUCGCUCACUUUGAGAGAAUAACCAGCUAGUUGUUUUGUAUGUGGAGAGAACUUAUAAAUGAAAUAUUGGCACGGAGUUGGGGGACCAAAUACAUGCUGCCAACCAUAAAAGAAAGGUAUUAAAUAUGUUUUUGAGGAUCUGAGUAUGUAAGUCUGUUUUCAUGCUCGAAAAGGAAAAUAUGUAUGUAGUAUCUGUUUCAAGUAUUAAAUUGCUCCUCAUUUACAUGCAGAUGUUGAAGAAAGUUGAUGAACUUUGAAGACUGAAGUUGCGAAUGAUAAUUUGAAUGAGGCCCCAUUAGUCAAUUGAAGACAUCUUUUGCUGCAGGGAUACUUUGAUUAGCUUGCAUUUACUGAAAGCAGAAAAGUGUGUGUGAAGGGUUUGGAGAGUGGGUGUGUGGGGGGUGUAUGGGGGGGUUAUUGUUUUUCUUGGUUAAUGCAUACCAGCAUGAUCUGCCACACAGGUAGAGUCUAGAGUCUGUUUUUCAGUUUUGAAAAGUUGGCAGCCGUGCAAAUAGAGGGACAAGCCUUCAUAAAGUUUCAGGAAUAUUUUAUACGACAUUUGAUUUUCUUGCAUCCUUUCUGGGGGCAUUUGACUGCUCCAGUAUUCCCAUGUCAGUCCCCUGAGGGACGUGUGACAUUGACUUUUUGGUCAGUAUCUCUAAGUUUGAUCUCAUUUACCUUUUUUAGAUGGUGAAACUUUAUAAUAUUGUAUCUGAAUAUUUUUUUUUGCAGUUGAAAAAGGAACAAUGUCGUGCCCGUUUUCCUUGAAACAUAACUUUAUGACUAAGAUGUAUAUUUUCCUUUUGGAUUCAUAAUUUUGUUAUCCUUUGAAAAUGUGACAUCUUCAAAUCUCUAUGCAAAACUUUUGUUUUUGUACGCUCAUUGCAUAAGACUGCCCGCUGUCUCUCUGACUUUUCUAGAAUCAAGCCUCAGGAAUGUAUAUGUGUACAACGUUCUGUAAUAAUAAGUGUGGUGGUUGUUAUUGUGUAUUCUGCUGUUGGCUGACAAAACGCCUGUUUUCAUUUU